AUGACCGUCACAAAAGCUGCUAAGAUUGCCAAUCAGGCCUUUGUACUGCAUCCCGGGGGUAAAUUUGCUUUUGAGGAACGCCUUAAACCCACGCUCCAGUCAAACCGAGAUGUCAUAGUCCGAGUCAUAGCAACAGGACUCUGUGGUUCAGAUGUGAGUGAAAUGGCUUCGAACUAUCCCGUUUCCCCGUUCCUCCACUAUUUCAUUUUCCUUGAUGCAAUAGAAGCUAACAAAGUCUUCGCCGUACAGGUCCAUUACUGGCAACACGGUCGAAUAGGGCCAUACGUCGUCGAAGCACCUAUAACACUGGGCCACGAAUCCACAGGGGUCGUGGUAGAGAGCGGAAGCGAUGUUCAAGGCCUCGCCGUUGGAGACCGCGUCGCCCUCGAGCCCGGCAUCGCCUGCAAUACCUGCAAUCAUUGUCGCGGCGGCCGCUAUAACCUCUGCCAGGCGAUGCGCUUUGCCGCGACACCACCUUACGACGGAACGCUCGCUACCUACUACCGCGUGCCUGCAGAGUGCUGUUUCAAGCUUCCAUCCCACAUCUCACUACGCGACGGCACCCUGAUCGAGCCUCUCAGCGUAGCCGUGCAUAGCUGCCGAUUGGCAGGCGAUAUGCAGGAGAAAACGGUGGUUAUAUUCGGAGCAGGUCCUGUCGGGUUACUCUGCUGCGCCGUUGCGCGAGCCUUCGGCGCGUCAACAGUUGUCGCCGUGGACGUCGUUCCGGCUCGCCUCGCUUCCGCUGUGAAAUAUGGUGCUACCAAUACAUACCAAAUGAGCGCCGAGGGUGCUGACAAGAAUGCGGCAGAUUUGUUGGCUACUGCUAGCUUAGAUUCUGGCGCUCAUAUUGUCCUGGAUGCGACUGGGGCUGAGCCCUGUCUGAACUGUGGUAUCGCAGCCCUCGCGAAGGGCGGCACGUUCGUCCAAGUGGGCUUGGGAAAGCCGAACCUAUCACUUCCGGUAAGCCAGAUCUGCGACAAAGAGCUUGUCUUCAAAGGAAGCUUUCGGUAUGGGCCCGGAGACUUCAAGUUGGCCGUAGGAUUGCUGGAUUCGCGCCGAAUCAGGCUGCAUGAUCUCGUCACCCAUGAAUUUCCUUUCAGCCAGGCUGAGCGAGCUUUUGAAAAUGUCGCCGGACGGGGUGGAAUUAAGAGUGUAAUCUACGGCCCGGAUAUCAACGAGGAAGAGGCAAAAGCAACUUUAAUAUAG